AGUCGGUCGGGUCUAAGAGAAUAGUGGUUUUCGGUAGACCCUCGGUUCAAGAAAGAAACUGGUAACGAUAGAUGAUAAUGGUAAUGGCUUUUUAGUGUAGUUGUAUUCUUAAUUGAGAUUGAUAAAGAAACAAAAGAAAGAUGAGUUUACUUUUGGAUUUGGAAGAAGAUUGUGAUGAUGAUAUAUUGGUGCCACCAACAAACUUUUAUGCAGUGGAACAUAACUGCAUUUACAGGUCUGGUUUUCCUCAGCCUUCAAAUUUCUCUUUUCUCAAGUCACUCAAUCUACGCUCAAUCAUAUACUUAUGUCCAGAACCAUAUCCAGAACAAAACAUGCAAUUCCUUAAAAUAAACAACAUCAACCUUUUCCAGUUCAGAAUAGACGGCACUAAGGAGCUGAUUAGCAGUGAUAUUAUAACAGAGGCUUUAAGAGUGAUAAUUGAUGUUAGAAAUCAUCCAGUUUUAAUUCACUGCAAACGUGGAAAGCAUCGAACUGGUUGUCUUGUUGGUUGUUUAAGGAAAUUGCAGGACUGGUGUUUGGUUGAUUUGGUGGAGGAAUACAAGCAUUUUGCUGGCAUUAAGUGGAGGGAAACUGACGUUACAUUUCUUGAGGAAUUUGAUGUUUCAUUCAGGGGCGGAUUUAGGGUUAAAUCUACGGGUUCGAAUGAAACCAAUAGUUUUGGCUCGGAUCCUAUGUAUGUGUUAAAAUAUGCAUUACCCAUAAAGUUCAAAUCUUGAUCCGACUCUCGUUUCAUGCAUAUAUCUUUUUGCCUAAGAGCAUUAUUAUAUACAGGUACUAUGGCUUGAUGAAGAGGUGCUUGCAGCCAGAGGUUGAUUUAGGAUUUAACACUAUG